UUCGGAGUCGUAGAGCCUCAUACGCGGGUCAUAAACGAUCCGCGGCCAUAGUAGAGGUGCACGCGCGAGAAUCGAUCCGAAUCGCCGGCGAUAAACGCAUCUCCCGCGAGGCGAUCGUCGCGCGCCGCGUCGCCGCCGAGCGAUGAGUUCCAAGUUCAUCAUCGAUAGCAUGCUCCCGAAGUACCACCAGCAGUUCCACCACCAGAAUUUGUUCGCGGGUGCUGGGGCGUCGCCUAUAGAGGCGUCGCUAUCAUCUUCGCUGUCGUCGUCUCUAUCGACGUCGCUGUCAAGUUCGCUGUCUGGCGGACUGGGAGCGGCAGCGCUGGGGGCAGGCUCGCCGGGUGCCGGCAGCCCGCAGCGGUCCUCGUCCUCAUCAUCGGCAUCGCCGGGCGCACCGGCGAGGAUGUAUCCAUACGUGUCGCAUCACCAGCAGUUCGGAGGUUCGGUGCCGUUCUCUGCUGGUGGCGGUUUAUCCGCGGCGGAUGACAAGAGUUGUCGAUACCCGACGGCUGUGGGAGGUGAUCCGAUGGUGAACUACGCCCUGGGUCAGCACAACGGUGGAGCGGCAGUGUCGGCAGCCUCGGCCAGCAUGGCAGCCGCUGCGCAGUUCUAUCAUCAAGCUGCGGCCUCUGCGGCGUCGGCAGCGUCCGCCGCCACCGUGGACGCCAUGGGAGCGGCUUGCUCGCAGCCAGGCUCUGCCCAGCCCCUGCCCGACAUACCGCGGUACCCCUGGAUGUCCAUCACUGAUUUUCCAUUUCCAGAUUGGAUGAGCCCCUUCGACCGGGUGGUCUGCGGUGAGUUCAAUGGACCAAACGGAUGUCCACGAAGGCGGGGCCGACAGACCUACACGAGGUUCCAAACCCUAGAACUAGAAAAGGAAUUCCACUUCAACCACUAUCUGACACGCCGACGCAGGAUAGAGAUCGCACACGCGCUCUGCCUCACAGAGCGGCAGAUCAAAAUAUGGUUCCAGAAUCGACGCAUGAAAUUAAAGAAGGAGCUGCGAGCCGUGAAGGAGAUCAACGAGCAGGCUCGCAGGGACCGCGAGGAGCAGGAGAGAAUGAAGCAGCAGCAGCAGGAGAAGCAGGCCAAGCUGGAGAGCCAGCACCACGGCCACCACGUCACCCACCACCACGACCCGAUGAAGAUGCCCAUCGACAAGGGCUCCAACGACCUACUCAAAGUGAACAAGGUCCCUACGUAAGGUGUCCGCGACGCCGUAUAGGAAAUCUUGACUGAUUCUGUAUCAUAUAGUGUGAGAGGAAGUGUUACGUCCAUACGGACCUGCGGGCGUUAGUCGAUUCGUAUCCACUAGUUUUAUGUUUUCGCGUCGGAGUCGCCCUCGUUGUGGAGAGCGGCCCCCGGUUUAUGUAAUAAUGUUCCUUUAGUGCGAAGGACUUGCCUCGGUGUCGUUCGCUGGGUGACAGGCUGGUGAUGUGCUUUAAGCAUUUAUUUUGUUGCCAUAACCACACCUUGUAUUGCAAUAAUAUUUUACUAAAAUAUACAAAAACGUGUUAGAAUCGCUCUAAGGUUUAAUAGGAGCCCGAGUGAACUUCGGUAUUGUUAGUUAAGAUUUUAAAUCUGUGAAUCUCAUAGUAUUUAUUGCUACCACUUACUCUUAAUCCAUUAUGUUAUAUUUUUUAUUAAUAGAUAUUAUAUUAUGUACAUUUUGAUGUAUAUUUUAUUAUUUGUCCGCUGUUAGCGGACUGGUUAUGUUUUUGGUCACAUUUUUUUAUGAUUGUAAAAUUUGUUGUAUUUUAUCAGUUGAUUUGGAAAGAGUUAUUUCUUUGCUUUCUUUUUGACCAGAUUGUGAUUCACUUCGGUAGUUAAGUCCACAAAUUGUUGUUUUGGUUUAAUCCAUUGAUUUCGAUAGUAUAAUAUUGUCGACAAAUAUUAAAAUACCUGCAUAGCUAAUUCCAUAAGAACUUUAAAUGUAUAUUUAUAACAAAAUACGUAUGGAAGUACAAUUGCAAAUAGGUCUUUGUCGUGACGAGCGUUGUUUUAUAUUUUUCGUCUUCAAUAAUUAUGGAUAUUUAAAUGUAGACGGUAUUUUUUGAUAAUUCUAAUUGAAAAUACCAUGUCCAUGAACUAAAUAGCAAACGAACAAAACGAACAAGAUUAUGGAAGGGUACUGCGUACGGCGCGUUGUCCAUACAUCCCGAGUCAUCUGAUGUUCAAAAUUAUAUACGUAACGAUGAUACAUAUAAUAAAUUACAAUAAUGUGACUAAAUAUAAAUUUUACACGUAAUAUUAAAAGUUGAGUAGUUUAAGUGUAUUAUACAUAGGUAAAUAGGUUCGACUUUGUAUGAAGUAUUGCUAAGACUAGGUACCUACAAAUAAACCAAUGUACGGAAUGAACAGUGGUCGCACUUUAUCAAGCGGAAAGUCGAUGACAUUAUGUUCCUUUUCUGAAACGAGAACUAAAAGACACCGGUUUUCGAGUGCGAAAACGGUGGCAAAAUUAUGUUUCCUGCAAUUUAACGAAGCUAUAUGCAUAUUUGAAUUUUCCAGCUCAGUAAAUUCAUACAUAAAAUGCCUACAAACGGUAUAACAAAAUUGAGCUCGGGUGAAAUAUAAAACUGUACGCUUUUUUCGCGAAAAUGCGAUCUUAUAAAACAUAGCUGGUUUGAAAUUAUUCCACACGUCAUUUAUUCGCUUUCAAUUCCACGUUGUGCCAAAAUACAUAAUUAAAAUAAUUUAUUGACACGUACAUUGAAAUAUUUGUUCUGCGUCCAAAAACCAGUUUUCAAAUUCUUCGUUCUUUCAACUCUAUACGUAAUAACUGAGCAAAAAAAUUAGAAUUUUAAAAACUUAGUCUUGAUAGUCACCAUUAUACGUAAAUUAAUGUCAGGGUAGAAUUAAAAAGAUAAAUUAAUAGGUAACUGUAUUAAAAUUGGAGUCAUCGCUUAUUUUCUGUAAAAAUCACUCUUUCAAUAUCUGUCCACUGUGUUAUUUGGAAAAAAUAUGUAUGUCUGUAGGCUCUGUUUAAAGGCAGCAUGAAAUUUUUAUGUCGUGAUAUCAUUAGGAAAAGUUUAAGUCGUCGGUAGAUAUAAAAUCAUGAAAACUUCAUACAAUCGUUUCAAGUUCCAUAAUUUUUAUAAAUUUGAAUUACGGGUCACAAUUUUAAAACUACUAGACAUAAACGAGUUUACUUAAUUCGUUUGUAAACCAGUUAAAACAUUACAGUUAAAGUGAUAAAAAAUGCAAUCUACUUUUGUUUGCUUACAUUCUAAAAACGUGUUAGUUUUAAAAUAACUGGUAAUAAAUCAGAAAUUAUGCUGUCGUAAUGUUAAACAAAAUAAUGUUCUAUAAAUAUUAUGAUUCAAAAGCCAUCAGAAUUCUAAUAAUGAUAAUUUCUCAAUUCGACAUCAUCUCGACGACUUCUAUACAUUGAUUGACGGUAAUUGCUAAAAAUGGUUGGAUGUCUUGCACGUAAAGCAAUGAACACGUAGUUAGAUUAUGAGAUUUUAUAUUGAGUUCCAUUAAAUUUUCCCUAGUACGAGUGCAAUAACUUCACCCCCAUUAUUUCAUUAAAUCCGUAGUCCCCUAAGAUUACGUACAAUUAAGGUUGUCGUUAGUAAUAUAACUUUAUCCCAUCUUAUUUUUAAAUAUAUAUAAAAAAAUCGAGAAUGAAAAAUAGAACAAAAUGUACUUAAGUAACUUCGAGUUAAGUAGGCUUUAUAAAUUAUAAAACGCAUAGUUAUUAAAAAUAUCGUAGACACUUGUAAUAAAAGUUAAGCGUAAAUCCGAUGGUUAGUAAUUGAAUUAAAAAAACGCUUAAAAUUAUUUAGUAUCGUUCGUAGAUGGUCAUUUGGAAGGUGAAUGGAAAAAGCUUCUUUGAAAGGGACGUACACACUGCAAACUGAACCGAAGCUAAACUCAUAAUUACACGAAGUGUGUAUACGACUUAAAUUGUUAUUUCUGCGUUUGCGAACUUAGAUAGUUGUUUUAUCGAGUUUUGAUUAUUGUUUGGGACUGUGCAAAUAGGCGACAGAUUUUGAAGUGUCAAGCAUCUUCCUCUUAACUAUCGGUUAAGUUUCGUGUAUAACAAUAGGUAAAACUUGUAACAUAGUAACGAUAUUCGUGUGUAGUUAUGUACGUCCGAUGAUUUAUGUCAGGUACACAUUAUUGUUUCUGCCUCGUAAAGAACUGUAAUUCACAGUGAAACAAUGAGCAAUUUGCUAAAUAGAUUAUAUAUGUCCUCCAUCCAUAAUGCUGUCUUGCCAUAUUACUAGUGUUUUGUAGACUAUAGGUAUUAAUAUACCUAACCGAAAACUAUAUAUCAAUAUUAAUAUUAAUUAAAAUAACUUUUCACAUUAAGUUAUUUUGUCCUUUCCCAGUUGUAUUCCAAAUUUGUCACAUUAAAUUACUUCGUUUUGUCGUUUAUCUGUUUUGUUAGUUAUAAAAUUUUUCGUUGCGUUGUCCAAGUUAUAGUAUUUCCAUUUUAGUAUGUUCUUUUAACUUUAUGAAUAACAAGACUUCCGUUUAUUAGUUAUUAUCCUAAAGAAGCGAUCAAUUUUUAUCUUUAAUAUAAAUGUAGUUAUGUAUCUAUGUACCUAUAUCUAUAUUUUUGAAUAUAGUUAUUAAAAUCGUCUUAAAAGUUAAGUAAAUGUAAAUAGUCGUGAAAAUUUUAUGUGGCGCAUUAUUUUUUGUUUAUAUUUUUUUGUUUUACGUUAUGUAUUUAUGUAUUGAGAUGUGUCCUAUGUAUGUGCAAUUUGACCAUGUUAAAGUGCAGCGAUUACCUAAUAAGCAAUAUAGUAUGUGAGUUCAAGAUAUUUUGGUCUUUUCGACAUGGUUGUGAGUCGUACGCGACUGUUACGAAAAGGUCUGACUAAAUUGGAUAUUGUGAAAAUCGUUUAAUGUCUGAUGUAACUUGAACUUUCAGUACGCUGGUAAUCUUAAUUAACGUGGUCAAGUGUGAACUAAUGGUACGAUUCAACGUGACUGUGUCGUGUUAUAUAAGCAAAUAGUUGGGUGGUUGUAUAUGAAGCCCGCAUUCAAUAUUGUAAUAUUAAUUUCAAAAAUUCAAGAGAAUAAAGAGUUAAUAAAA